GUGAAUAAAAUAUAGCCUCACAGAGUAUGAUGUAAUGCAGAGGGUGGGAAUCCUAAUUCAUUGCGUGUCCAAACGCUCCUUUCUGGAAUUAACCAAUAUAUGAAAUAUGAAUAAAGGACUUUAUGGGGGAAUGACCCUCCUUUCUCAGGUCUGGUGAUAACAAUGAUGAAAAGUGUAGCUGUUUUCAUUAUCACAGCUAAUACACCGUACUGCAGAACCCUAAAUAAAGGUAUAUAGGUAUUACAAAACGAUGCAUAGCCUAACUAUCGAUUAUCCUCCUUCGCCACGACAUAGGGAAUGGCAUAAAAAUAUCUAAGACAUAUAACAUGAAGUGAAACUAUUUUCUUCCUCCUCUGAGGAUAAUAAAAUGGAAAGGUAAAAUCCUAAAUUCAAUGCACGAAGCAAUGCUAUAGAUGACACCGAACCUGAUGAGCUGCAUCAACUCAUCCGCUCUCUAAACAAAAAACAAGUAUUGCAGGUGUGGACUCAGUUUUCCUGCGCAAUUUUUUCAUCUAUGGUAUUACAUAUUCUUGCUUCUUUCAAAUGCCAAACUGAUAAAUUGUAGUGUAUAAAUUCAAUUAUUCGACUAUUCUUUUUAUUGUUAUACAUAUUCACUAUCAUUUGACUCUCGUGUCAUCUGUCAAAAUGUGCGAUCUACCUUCUUUAUUUGAUUUCCUUAUGCAUUUAUUACUGUCUUAACAGGAUUUAUGAGAUCACACGCGAAGCAAUGAACCAUUUUACGUAUAUGAAUAAACUUUCCUACCGCCUCUGCUCUGCACAUUCCUGUAUUAUUUUGUACGGUUGUUAUGUCGCACGCGAUCCUUUUGUUGGUUAUUAAUUUCAGUUUAUGAAAAUUGAUAUCAUUUCUGUUGCUAAAGAAAUAUUUUUCUAUUUAUUCCUUGGUAAAGAACGGAUUCGGAUUUCUACUCCUUUAUUUCAUCAUUGUUCGUGUGACCAUCCCAGUAAAGAAUUAUUAAAUAUACAAUACGUAACUAACCUGAACUAUCCUUUUUCUUGAAGGUAUUAACGUGCAGCUAGCAACUUUUUUUAUCAAUAACAUAUUUUUAUCUCUACCUUUUAACAGCUUGGCUCCAAUAUCAACAUUCAUAACCGCUGCAGUGAGGAAAAGCGUGAUCACAUCGAUAUUAGUACUAAAAAUAAAUUUCCUUUGCUAUAAAAUAAAAAAAACGUUUGACCUAAGAUUCUGUAUGCAAAACAAGAGCAAUUAUUCUUUUUUUCCCUCACAUGAAAUUAAUCAAAAACUUUUGCAUGUUCAAGUAUGAAACCCAAAGGGAGCCCAGCUGCCUCUCUUGGUAUAAAAACUCUUCCUCUCUUUUUUCUUACUAUUUCCUUUCCUGUCACGAAUUCCCAAUUUACCCCGUUAUUGGUCUGGGCAUCGGCAAGUUUGUUUGUUUGUUCUUUUCCCAAAGGUGGGAAUAAAAAAAAGAGGAAUCCCAAUAACGAAAUUCUACGUGUAUCGGUAGGUGAAUCGGCGCUUUUAAAAACGCCCAGGAUGGGAAGUGUGGUCACCACGCUUGAGGGGAAAGCGAAGGCUCAUGAACCCAAACGGACCCGAAACACCCCUUCCCUCAAACCGGUGAAGUUGACACCUUCCGGAGAUUUCACAGAGUCGGCAAGGACCUUUCUUUCUACGACGAAGACGCCAACGGCGGUGGGUGAUCUGGAGCCUAAGGGAAACGACCCGGAAUCUCUCGCAUCACGUCGUGGGACAGUCAACUUCCUGGACGCGACGCAAAGCUCCGUGAAUGUCGAGGUCGAGUCGAUUAAAAAUGAGUCCCCCGAUCGAGAAACCAACGCAAAUUCCAGUAUAACAACGAGGGUGAGAUCGCUUAGUAGUAUUCUUCUAAAGUCCACUCAUUCCAACGGAAGUGUGGAGAGUAAGGAGGGUCUACAGAAGGCGUCAUGGGCAAGUGGGCAUCAUCUUGGCAACCCAAACGAUGAUAUCGAACCUAGAGUGCAGAACACUCUUAGUGAUCUCUGUGCUCUAGAGAAGGAAAAUAUGUUUGGCCGUGUGCAGCUACUCGUUUUGCGAAUGCAAAAUUGUCGUGUCGAAGCAAAAUACAACGAAUGGUGCGCAAAAUUGUCUGAAGAGAAAUAA